CAUUUUCUCACGUUGAUCCAUUCAGAAAUUUUCAAUUAAUUUCCAAGUAGCUUUUAUUAUAAUACGGCGAAUAAGAAGAGACCUUUCAGUAAUAAAGUUUACAAUAUUCUAUCAGAGAAAUGCAUUACUAAAAAACACACGUGAUGUAAUAGCAUAAUAAUCAUGUUAUAUGUAAUAUGAGAAGUUAAUAAUUUUGAUUGGUUCCCGUCUAGUCCUAAGUGGGUUUCCUUUUAAAUGAUCGAAGUCGCCGGCAUGAACACCAAGUGACCAAAUAGAAACGAUGAAAACGAAAGUUUGAUAACAGAUUCGUAACUGACGCCAUUAUUUCAUCCGAAGCAGCAUAUUAUAUUGUUAAAGACUAAUCUUGGUUGCUGCAUUACAGUCAUCUGCUCAUGAAAGUGAAACGUAAACUGAAUACUGAUUGAGUUGAAAAAAAAACCCAAGAGUCCAAGAUAUAUAAUUUUUUAACUUCAUUUGAACACAGAAUUCAGAAAAGAAAGGUAAUAUGGAUACAACACGUGAAAUUAUGGCCUCCUAUUGGACUGAGCAUUCCAUGAAUCAAAGUAUCGAGGAAAUGAUGUUAGAUGAAGAUGCCAGUAAAAUCACCGAGCACGAGCAUCCUGAAGUUUUAAGCCUUUUACCUAAUCUGAAAGGAAAGAGUGUUCUGGAGUUGGGUGCAGGAAUUGGACGCUUCACAGGAGACCUUGCCAGAGAGGCAAAACAUGUUCAUGCUGUAGAUUUCAUAGAGGCAUUUAUAACCAAGAACAAAGAGACAAAUGGAACAAAGUUCAACAACAUCUUUGAAUGUGCUGAUGUUUUAAAACUGGAAGUAGCAAAACACAGUGUUGAUGUGAUUUUCUCCAAUUGGUUGUUGAUGUAUCUCGCGGAUAAUGAAAUUCAAACCCUGGCUCAAAAAAUGCUAUCUUGGCUAAAAGUUGGCGGUUACCUUUUUUUCCGCGAAUCAUGUUACCAUCAAUCUGGCAACAAGAAACGUGGUGAAAACCCAACAGAAUAUCGUACACCCAUGCAAUAUGUUAAACUAUGUGAGGCCGUUCGUGAAGAUGAUGAAACAGAGUCUGGCAAAAGCUAUGUCCUUAAUCCCAUCUUUGGAAAGUCAGUGGAAGCUUACAUCAAACACAAAAACAACAAGAAUCAGUAUUGUUGGCUCUGGCAAAAGGACACCAAGGACGAAAGUGACAAAUACACCAGACUUCAAGCCUUCCUUGAUCUAAACCAAUACACGACCCACGGCAUUAAAAGAUACGAGAAAAUAUAUGGCCAAGGUUUCAUUAGUUCUGGUGGACAGCAACUGGUCAACAAAUUAUGUGAAAAGUUGCAACUUAAACCAAAGGAACAUGUGUUGGACAUUGGUAGUGGAAUGGGCACAGCGGCCUUCUACAUGGCAAAGACGUACAAAGUCUUUGUGACAGGAAUUGAUGUAUCGUCCAAUCAAAUCAACUUCGCGAUGGAUAGAGCAAACAACGAGAAAAAUGAACAGGUACAUUUUGAAAUCGGUGACGUCACACAUCGUAAUUACAAACCGAACUCCUUUGAUGUCAUAUACAGCAAAGAAGUACUUAUGCAUAUUGCGGACCAGAAACGUCUUAUAAAGGCUUGCUUUAGAUGGUUAAAACCAGGUGGCAGGCUGCUUAUAACAAACUAUUGCUCAAGCGAGAAGAAUCCGAAAUCAGCGAGGUUUGCCGCCUACAUCAACGAAAGACAGUAUCAUUUACUUGAUGUGGAAACUUUAGCAAAGUAUUUUGAUGAGGCUGGAUUCGUAAAUAUUUCUGCGAAAGAUACGACUGAGGAAUUUGUCAAAAUUUUGGAAAACGAAUUGCAUUUUUUUCAACAAAGCAAAGAAGAUUUUCUCGAGGAAUUUUCUCCAGAAGAUUAUUACACAAUUGCAAACGGAUGGACCGAUAAGUUACUGAGAUGCAGUGAAGGCGAUUUGAAAAGUGGAGAAUUUUUGGGAACGAAACCGUUGAAAUAAAGUGCCUGUGUUGUUAUCUUUCAUGGAAAGAUGAAAAGCGCUUAACUAUUAUUAGAAACUGGCGCACGGCAACGCGAUCAUGAUUCACAUUUUUAAAAACUAUAGAGAAUAAUCGAAAUCGAGAGACUAUUUUUGAGCAAAUUAUUUGGAUGCUUUUCGCGAUCAAACGCUGAUUACGUGAAUAUGGGAAACUGUUCAACUUCGAAUGAAUUCAGAUGAAACUUCACAUCGUCCAUGAUACUGUUUCGGGGUUCAUGAAAUCUAUGAAUUUUAUCGGACGCUUGGUGUUUUUGUUAAAGUCACAUAGAAAGAAGAUGUAAUGUUAUUUUUAAUGUAAACGUACAUAAGAUUAAAUAUAUAAUUUAUGUGUGCUAUUGCAUAAUUUAUACUCGCAUUAAACUUCUGUUGUGAA